GUCUGGCCGUCUAUAACAAAAAUGUGUGCAGACUGCACACCUAUCCUAUGCCGCUCAUUCCACCAACAAUUUUGACGUCAGUCAGCUAACACUCUCCAGUUGUGUACACCGCACAAUCGAUCUUUCAAUUUCUCCUUAAAUCCCCGGACACUCCCCAAUAGUCGCAUGCCCUUUACCAGAAACCAAUCGAGGAUUCCGAAGUUAUUAUCUUUCUGUGCCGUUACAAGCUCCGACUCUUUGGGUUAUGGUGGCUGGGACACUCCCCAACUCUUCAGUGACUCAGAAACCAGGAAGUGGAAAGAAGCUCAAAUCAAAAGCAGAGUAGGCAAAAGAAGGAUCCAAGAGAUAAUCAGUUUGGCAUCCCUGGGUUUUUCAGGCCUGUUUCCAGAAAAACCAGAUUUGAAGUAUAAUAAAGUGAAAGUUCCAAAGUUGAUGAGCUAAUGGAUGGGAAUAUAUUACGCUCUUCUGCUUAUGAUAGAAAUAAAAACAAUAUAUCGAAUAAGGAAGCAAGUACUUGAUCAAACUCAGAUGCUGAUGGCAAUGCAAAUCCGCCCGAAAUGGAUUAUACGGCUUUUGGAAGUCAACAAUAUGGUUAUUGGAUUAAAAGUUCCCAUUACAUUAGGAACCAGAGAAUCUCUCUUAACAAUGUUUAUACUAGAGAAGAUGGGAUUUGGACAUCAGAUGAGUUCUUAAGCAACUCUGUGGAGUUUUCUGAAACUGUUUCUUCUUUUCGGUAAGAGGAAGAGGUCAAAGAGUUAAAAGGAAAUUAUAGCGUGCUUAAUGGGCCAAAGAUGGGUGAAGAAGACCAUGGCAAGGGUGAUAUUAACUUCAAUAGUUCAAUAAGUACAUUUCUGAAGCUAAUGCUCUUCUGGAAGAAGCUAAAGGUUGUUCAAAAGGGUGAUGCUAAGAUUGCAGAUGGUGCACUCCAAAAGUCUGCACUUGUGCUUUCAAAAGCUACACGCAUUAGACCUGUGAGUUCAUUGGCUGUGGGCCUUUUGGGAAACACAUACCUUGUCCAUGGAGAGCUAAAACUGAGGAUCAGCCGUGAUUUGAGGAUGCUACUACUCACUAGAGCAAAUGCACAAUGUAAUAAAUAUGGGAGGAAAGAGGAAAUUGCAUCUUAUCUGGGUAAUGUGUGUGAAGAGUGUGAAGAAUUGCUGAUUAAGGCAGGAAGGCAGUAUAAGCUGGCUCUGUUGAUUGAUGGGAACGAUAUGAGAGCGAUGUAUAAGUGGGGUCUUGCUCUCUCUUUCCGAGCGCAAUUGAUUUUAGACAUUGGACCUUUACGCACUCUCCAGCAUAACAAUUAAUGGCUGUUUCGUAAAUCUGCAUACACCACGACUUCAUUAUUCUAGCAACAUCGUUUGCGAACAUUGUUCUCCUCCAUCCUUUUUUCUAAGCAAUUCAUACUAUCCGAACAGAGUACCUGGUUGACACACAUAUAUGAUGUACAUGUUCAAAUUUUAAAGUGCAGCACGUAGUGCCGACAAGGUGUUCUUGGCUGCCAUUAGAGAUGGCAAUUUCAGACGACCCGUUGGAUACCCGCACCGGACCGAUUUGAUCAAAUUGGAGAAAAUCGGUUUGACUGGGGAAUGGGUAUGGGGCGGGGAAUAUCCGAAACUUUUAAAUGGAUAAUGGUGCGGUUAUGGUUCUAUACUAAUUUGCCCCGUUAUCCGCCCCAAAACCGCCCCGUUCAUUAAUGGUGCAGCACUGUUUAGAUGGGGUGCGGCCUUACAACAAUGAUCUUGCCUACGGCCCAAAAGAAGUAGAGAGAAGGUUAGAAGACUAUAUGAAGAUGCACUUGGUAUGGACUCUGGGAAUGUCCAAGUUCGGAAGGCCUUAUCAUCCUGCAGUUACAGGUUAUUCUGAUUUUCUAACCUGGGAGUAAAAGGGGAGUACCUCUGAUCAUAUCUCAACAGCAGUUACAGGUUAUUCUGAUUUUCUUACAAUCUUAUUGGGAUGUACGGAGUAUUUAAAAGUAUGUUACACUUUCCCUUUUUGAUAAGUUUUUACUUUAAAAAUAUCCAAUUACCCUUACUUUUUCUAGUUUUUAUCUUCUUAUUCCUAUUUUUUAUCUUCUUCCCUACCUUUUCUACACUAUUCAUUACCCCUACUAUUUCCCCCUUAAAUAUGGCGCCAAAGAUUAAUGUAGUGAUCUUUAAAAUACAGUGGAGGUAAUUAAUACAGAGUAUGUAGUUACCGUUAUUGAGACAAAUGAUCAAGUAUUUCUACUUCAUAGUUUAUUAUUUAACUUAAUAUCACAAAUUUGCACAUCUGGCUAUCCGUGACACUCAAAUAGGUUCGUGUACCUGCCAGACCCCCAAGUUGUUUGUUAUACUACAGUUACAAAAAGCUUAUAUUAGAAGAACCAUCAAUCGAAUUAAAACUUGCAAAUAGCCUAUUUAGAAGGUCACCUUCCGAUUGCAAAAUUGUAAUCAAUCAAAGCACAAAUCACAGCUAUAUUUUGAAGUUCAAUAUAAACAAAAGUGACUACGUUCAUAUGGACAAGUGUGAGUAAAAAGGUAUUAAAUUUGGAAACUCAUGAAUGUCAUUAGCCCGUUUAUUAUAUCACUAGUAGUUUUUCUUUCGUCAUUGUGAGUUACUGAUGGUGUCAUUGUUAAUGCCACCUAUUUCACUGUCGUCAUGGAACAUGUCACUAUGACCGACAGAAAUUUUUUCCAGUUACUUUUUCCGGCUGCAGGCACUUUCAGCAAGCAGCGGCUGCUAGUGGUUGCUGGAGACAGUGGUGGAGCCCAAUGGCGGAUCCAGAAAAAAUUGUUGUUGGGGGCACUAAUAUAUGACGAAGUAUAAAUAUCAAAAUACACUUCAAAUUUGAAUCAUGCAAUAACCUAAUAUUAUUAAUAUGGAUAGAAAGAAAUUUAUGCCAAUAGCAUUGUGAAUUUUUUAUUGACAAUAUUAUUUGAUAUAUAACGACUUUAACUUUCGUAA